UCUUUCUUUAAGAUGGUCUUUUGUUAGAUGUUGGAUGAUGAAGGACCUAAGACUGAAAAAUACAAAGCUGUAACUCAUUGAAAACGUUGAGUUAAAAGAAAAUGAUGGGAAAAUUAUCAAAGUUGUGGGGUAACAGGAAGAGAAAGUCAAAGAAAUUGUAACUUGUCUUUGUCUCAAAAGCCAUGUACAAAAGAGUGAGAAUUUCUUUUAAAUAACUCUUAAAGCCAGGGUUAUAGAAAUUGAGUCGGGAAGUGGGGGGUGUAAAAUUAACAAGUGAAAACUUGAUUUAAAGAAACCGGGAGGAAACAUGGUUUCUUUUUCAAGUGAUUGUUCAUGUCCAUUACACAUUAGGUAUGCGUACGCUGCGUGCACGGACGUCGGAAACUUUUUCCCUUAACAUCUCCCAUUGGGCCAGCAGGGGGGCCCCGCCAGAGUGGCAGCCUGCUCUGGUGCAUGUAUACCCCUGCCGGCCCAACCCUCACUCAAUUCCUUCUUACUGUCCGUGGCGGCGUUGGAACAUUCUCCUAUCUCUCAACUGAGUGUGUCCCUUAGCAUUGUUAUCAGUUAUCAAUGUUAGUUGUUAGUAGUAUCUUAGUAGAUAGUUAAGCUUCAUUUGUUCUAGGUUUUGGAUAAAUUCUGGCACUGGCCCUGGGCGGCGGGGCAUGCCAUAUGCUCAAGGCUUCAAGACUUGUGCCACGUGCCGUAAGCCUAUGCCAAUUAGUGAUCCCCAUGAUUCAUGUCUCCGUUGCCUGGGGGAAUCACAUUAGACAGAGUACUGUAAAAUCUGUAAGGUCUUCAAGCCAAGAACUAAAAAAGGAGGAGACUUUUGACUUAAGCAGCUGUUCAUGGAGGCUGCAUUACAGCCCCCAACUAUGGAAAGUCCCACAGCUCCGGCAGCCUUGGUGCGGAGUGCUCCGGCAUUGGUUCGUGAUCCGUCACCAGUGGGGCAUCUUAAGUCUACGGCACCGAGACAACACAACCGGCCCCGGCGCCAGUUGACUUCACGGACCCAGUUGAAGGGCCAACCCAAGGCCUGAGGGCGCUCCCCACAUAAGAGAGCAGCACCCAUGAAGGACUCGAGUGCGCAAAAGGGCAGUGCUGCCCCGGGACAGACCCCGGUACCAGUGGCUCCGGUGCCUAAAGGCCUCUCGAGCCCCGGGGUAAGCGCCUUGAGUGAGGAGGAGGGCUGGAGGAGAUCCCAGAACAACCCUCCAUGCCGGACACAUUUGAGGUGGCAAAGGACCUCAUUGAAUUUUCUGUGGCGAGCCCCCUCCCGGCCAAGGAGAAGCCUCCGGCACUGAGACUGCCAUCCAGAGGCAGACCGGCAGUGGUGCACCCAUUGAGGUCACCAUCCCGGCACUGCUCCCAACGUCGGUCCCAGUCAAGCUCCGCCUUAGUAGACUCCUGGCUGCCCCUGACUCAGGAAGCCUCGAAGGUAUCUGGUCCCAGUCCGCACUCGGCAUCGGCCCCGCCACUCCAGCAUUCCCCGGCUCCUUCUCCAAGGAGAUACAGGAACAUUUCAAGGCCGAGCCUGACUGCUGGCCAUCAUUUCCGGUCUCCAGUGUACCGGUACUGAUCCCGGUCCCAAUCGGCAAGGCGCCACUCCCGAUUCCGGUCAAUACGAGACCACUCCCCAGUCCCUGACUGGCACUGUUCCUCAGCACCGCCGCAGCCCUCGAGGUCGCUGUCCAUGGAAUCCGAGGUGGACUCGUGCCGCUCUAGCUGUGCCCGCAGGACACCAGCCAGCAGAGAGCACCAAGCCUCGUGGUACCCGCAGUGGGGCCCGCCAGGGCAGUGGCCCUUCUGGACACCAUGGGCCUACCACCAGCAACAAGGGGCCCCCUCCAGAACCUCGAGGUCCAGCUUCUCAGGGCAUCGGUCCCGCUCCCCGCAUUGGCGCCCCUCCUCUCACAAGGAGGCCACAGUUUCCAGACUGCCAGAUGCAUCGGAGUGUGAAAGGGCUGGGGCGGCUUUGAGCCCGGUGCCGUCUCAAGUACACUCGGUUGGGCAGACCCCAGAGGAGCCCCUAGCCUGUGAGGAGUCACAGGAAGGACUGGAGGAUGAAGCGCAAAAGGUCUUAACUUCUUUGUCCUUGCCAGAUUAAGCCAUGGUGGUACUGCGGAUUUCAGGGCCUCCCCCGACUGAGCACAGGGCAUACCAAGAGCUGCUCCGCAGGGUAGCCCAAAAUUUGGACUUGCAGGUGGAGGAGACAGUAGAGUAGGAGGAUCUCAUGGUGGACAUCCUAAGCCCUGAAGGGCCCUCCAGAAUCGCGCUCCCGCUCAUAAAACAAUACAAUCUAAUUAUAAGACAGUAUGGCAAACGCCAGCCUUCAGUGCACCAACAGCAGAGGGCGUAGAGAGGAAGUACUUUGCACCUUCCAAGGAGUUUGACUUCCUCUUCUGUCACCCGUCACCCUGUUCAUUGGUUGUAUCUGCUGUCAAUGAAUGGGAAUGGCAUGGACAACAAGCCCCGGCCCCUAAGGCCAAAGAGGCAAAGCAGUUGAACUUGUUUGGUAGAAAGAUCUAUUCAUCUGGGGGCCUCCAACUGAGGAUCAUAAAUCAGCAAGCAAUCCUAAACAGACACAAUUUUAAUUCAUGGGCUGCAGUCUCUAAGUUUAAGGACUACUUGCUGCAGGGCUCACAGCCUGAGUUCACGGCCGUCGUGGACAAAGGGAAAGCGGUAGCCAAAACCUCCCUGCAGACCUGGCUUGAUUCAGUGGAUGCGACUGCUAGGGACAAUAGCAUCGGGAGUGGUGAUGAGACACUCGGUGUGGCUGAAGGUUUCAGGCCUUCCAUCAGAGAUCCAAAUCACCCUCCAAGACCUAUUCGAAGGGUCCGGCUUGUUCUCAGACCAAAUGGACACCAAGCUGCAUAGCCUUAAAGACUCCCGGGCGACGCUCAAAUUGUUGGGGAUGCACACCCCGGCAACACAGAGAGAGCCUUUUAAACCCCAAUUGCCAAAACAAAGGUAGUACAAUCAUUGCCCCAGGCAGGAACCUUACCACAGAAAGGGCAGUGAGAAUAGGCGUAGGCGAAACAAGACACCUAGCCGAGGCCAGGGUGAGGGCCAGUGCCAGGGCAAGCCACAACCCGGCAAAAAGCAGGAAUUUUGAAGAUGCACCUGAGGACAACUCACCAAGCCUCUGACCGGAUCCUCCCCUCUGUUUCAUGAACAGUUUGUCCCAUUUCUAAUGUGCGUGGUCUAAUAUAACAUCGGACCAUUGGGUCCUCCGCACUGUGAAGGUGGGAUACAAGCUUCAGUUCUCCUCGCCCACUCCCUUCCAACCCCCAUCCCCAUCCCUCUUCAGGGACCCCUCUCAUGAGCAACUCCUGAUGCAGGAGGUUCAGGCCCUUUUCAGGGCAGGGGCGGUGGAGGAGGUCCCUCCAGACCUAAGUGGGAAAGAGUUCUACUCCAGGUACUUCCUUAUCCCCAAAGCAAAGGGGGGUCUUCGACCCAUUCUGGACCUACGCGGACUCAACAAAUUCCUAGUCAAGGCCCGCUUCCGCAUGGUCUCCCUUGGCUCUAUUAUCCCAUCCCUGGAUCCGGGGGAUCGGAACACUGCCCUCUGUAUGAAAGAUACGUACUUUCAUGUCGCCAUUCACUCUGCUCACCGGUGGUUCCUGCAGUUCACCAUAAACCAGCACCAUUACGAGUUUACGGUCCUACUCUUCGGCCUGGCGACAGUCCCACGGGUGUUCAUGAAAUGCAUGUCAGUGGUGGCAGCAUUUCUUCGAAAAAGGAAAAUGCGGGUGUAUCCGUACUUGGACAGUUGGCUCCUUGCGGGCCGGUCCGAGGACGAGGUUCGUUCCCACGUGACGAUGGCACUAGACUUUUUCCACAAACUAGGUCUCCUAGUCAAUCUGCCCAAGCCCUCAUUGAUACCUGUGCAAAGACUGGACUUCAUGGGGCAGUCCUGGACUUGGUAGAGGUGUGAGCAAGCCUGCCGGUUUCCAGGUUCCUAGCUAUCCAGUGAACCAUAAUCUCUGUGCAACGGUUCCCCACAACUACAGUCAGAUGCUGCAUGCAGCUUCUGGGGCACAUGGCAGAGUGCACCCAUGUAGUCAAACAUGCUCGACUGAGACUCAGACCGAUGCAACUGUGGCUAGCCCAAACGUAUCGUCCCGUCAGAGACCCCUUGGACCUUUCGUGACAAUUCCGGCUUGUGUCUCAGACUCCCUCCGCUGGUGGCUCGAUCAGCAGGUAGUUUGCGAAGAGGUCCUCUUCACUACACCACAAACCACCUUUACGCUGGUAACAGACGCAUCAGACCUAGGAUGGGGAGCACACUUGGGGGACCUGCAAACGCAGGGGUUGUAGUCCAGGGAGGAAAUGUCACUCCAUAUCAACGUAAAGGAGCUAAGGGCGGUUCGCCUCGCCUGCCAGACCUUUUAUGCUACCAUAGAAGGCCACAGCGUGACAGUUCUUGCAGACAACACUACCACCAUGUUCUACAUAAACAAGCAGGAUGGUGGCCAUUCCUCUCCCCCUGCCGUGAAGCGCUUCUCCUGUGGGAAUUUUGUAUAGCUCACUCAGUCCAACUAGUGGCUUCAUACAUUCCGGAGGUACAAAAGAAGAUGGCGGACAGCCUCAGCAGAUGGUUAUCAAGUGCACGAAUGGAUGUUAAGAACAGACGUCUUGAGAUCAAUCUUCCAGAGGUGGGAAUUUCCCCAAAUAGAUCUCUUUGCCACCAAGGACAGCAGCCAAUGCCCUCAGUUUUGUUCCUUCCAGAACCACAGCUCAGGCUUGGUGGCAGAUGCCUUCACAAUUCCGAGGCACAGGAGUCUGAAGUAUGCCUUCCCACCACUCCCACUCAUCCACAGAGUCCUGCUCAAGGUCCACAGGGACAACGCGGUGAUGAUUCUCAUCGCAGCGGCUUGACCACGCCAGCAUUGGUUUACAACCCUGCUGGAACUGUCAAUGACUGCCCCAAUUGCCCUGCCCCUGCACCGAGAUCUCAUCACGCAGGACAGAGGUCGCCUGCUCCACCCGAACCUACAGUCUCUAUAUCUCACGGCGUGGAAUAUCUGUGGCUAAACGCUAUGGAGAGUAGGUGCUCCCGCCAGAUCCAACAAAUUCUCCUCGGUAGCAGAAAACUUUCCACAAGGGCGGCAUACCUCCCCGAAUGGAAGAGGUUCUCCUACUGGUGCAAACCUAAGCUCAUACAGCCUCUUCAGACUCCGUCCCAUCCAUACUAGAACACCUACUGCACCUCAAGCAUCAGGGUCUUGCCGCCUCCUCAAUCAGAGUACAUCUGGCUGCUAUAUCAGUGUUCCACCCUGGGGAGUCUGGGCAUUCCAUGUUUUCCAACCCCACAGUAGUCCUAUUUCUCAAGUGGCUGGAGAGGGUGUUUCCCUACUCGUGCCCACCGGUUCCCCCAUGGAACCUUAACCUGGGCUUAACUAAGCUCAUGGGACCACCUUUUGAACCCCUUGCCUCUUGCUCUCUCACGCACCUCUCAUGGAAAGUGACGUUUUUUGUGGCCAUUACAUCAGACUGGGGUGUCAGAGCUGAGGGCCCUUGCUUUGGAACCCCCAUAUACUUUUUUUUUUAUAAGGACAGGGGGCAGCUGAGACCACACCCUAAAUUCCUCCCUAAAGUGGUCUCACAAUUUCACAUGGGUCAGGUCAUUUGUUUACCAGUAUUCUUUUCCAAACCACACACGGACCCAAGUCACUGCAGCCUGUAUACCCUAGAUGUCCGUAGGGCCCUGGCGUUCUAACUGGAACGAACCAGGCCUUUCCGCAAGUCGACACAGUUGUUUGUUGCCAUUGCAGAGAGAAUGAAGGGCCUCCCUAUCCCGGCACAACGGAUUCCAUUGUGGUUCGUGGAUUGCAUCCGCAUACGCUAUGAGCUUGCCAAAGUGCCAGCCCCGACGAUCAUGGCUCACUCAACUAGGGCUCAAGCGUCCUCGACAACUUUCCUGUCACAGGUUCCGCUCCAGGAGAUCUGUAAAGCAGCCACCUGGUUGUUGGUGCACACAUUCACAGCCCACUAUGCAGUCCAUCAUCAGGCCAGAGAGGAUGCGGCAGUCAGCAGGGUUGUGCUUCAAUCAGUUGUUUCUUGACUCCUACCCUCCUCCUAUGAUGAGUCAGGAUUUCGUUUUUCCAGUGGACUUGUAAUGCUGAGAGCCUAUUGAUGUCUUUGGAACUGCGUAUUACCUGAUCCUAUAUUACUUUGUUACUGAUGUGGUCAUGUGUUCCUGACCUCCACCAUAUGCCAAUAGAGUAAUUCAGCUUUUUGCCUUUCUCUGACCAAGUUUGUGCAAGAUUACAUCCUGCAAUGUUAGCUGUACAGGUAUGUGAACAGUAUAUUACCGUUUCCUAUCAGCAGGUGGAGAGACAUACAAUUGAGGAAGUCAUUCUUAAGACUUCCUUCUUAAAAUAGAAAUCAUGUAUCUAUUGCAGCAGUUUCCCUCAUACUUCAGCCUUUUUGUGAUAUAUAUUGGAAAAAUGUUUCUCAUGAAGCCACUAAUAAUACUUACUUCAUUUAUUGAAUACAUUUUACAAAGACUAAUUCUCAGAACACCCGUCUGUUGUAGGUGCUGACUCGCGUGUGAAUUUUUGUUGAAAGCUUGUCAGCAAUUUAUUUUCUUAUAAAAAGCAGAUCUGUUUAUAUCACCAAAUCUGUUAAGAAAAAGGGGGAUAUUAAACUAGAGAUAUAAUCCCUCUUGAUGAGCAAUGGUAGGACUAUCUUUAACAGCUCACUUUGAAUAUUAGAUGUGAAAUCCACUUCAGUCAUUUGGAAGCUGGUUCUUUUCUGGUCUUGGAUGGGCAUCAAAGCAGUUCCUCUGUUUUAUCAAUAAAUGGUGAAUCAUGCUUUUCAUAGGCUUUCAUGGUGCCCUUCUAACUGUAAAGGAAGAAGAAAGUACUAUCAGAUUUCUCCAAAAUGUUUUCCUAAUGAUCUUCAGCUAGGUGAAAGGUUGCUUUUCUCUGAGGCAAACUAAGCCUUCUCUCUAUACAACAAUUUGCUCUCUACAAUCUAUGAAACUUGUCUUAUCUCACUAAAGACCACAAAUUAUUCUUCAAUUUAUAUAGACUUCUGUUUGAUAAAAAUUAUUUGAGCCAAAUUCUGUUUUCUGUGUGUGGAAAUAGAAGACAUUUGACAAAUAUGUAUGUUGAUAUGCAGUCCAUUCAGAUUGCAUGUAAAUGUCCAUAUUCUCAUGCCAAGAGAAUGCAUCAUCUUAAUUCACAUUUGCUAUAGGUGGGAUAUAGAAAAGAGCUGAAAUGACUUAAAGGCACAAGAAUUCAUCCUGCAGAGCUUCUAAGUUCUGUGGGACAGUGCUAUAUAAAAACUGGGAAAGUAUCGUUUCCAUUACAGCAUCCUGUUUUUAACAUGCGAAGAAUGUCCUUUCAAAGCAUUUUGAAGUCUCCUUCCUCUGAGGUUGCGAAACUUUUUUUUUUUUUUUUUAAGGCUCAGAUAAGGCAGUGUUUUCUCAUUUGAAUGCUAGAGGGCACUAUGAGUACACAAGAGAAACGGCCAAAAAUUGGAAGUAAUGUGCUGCCAUUUCAAGCUUUUCCUGCUCAUCCAAAUAUUUGCAGUUCUUGCAGAAGAUAGUAUCCAUCGCUACCAGGGCAACAGAAAUUCUAUUUUUGUGAAUGGACACUGGUUACACCUGCUUGUAUUUAAACACCAAUGAUCAAAUGUGGCCCUACAUAUUUAAAUCUGGAUAAGAUUGAGAAGCAUUCCCAUCUUGCAGGAUGCCUAUUCUCCCCUCCCCACUUCCUACUCCCUGCCCUCUUCCUUUUUAUAAAUGAAUUUAUUGUAUUUUUCUGAAGAGACCAUGACGAAAACUGCAGUAAGAUAAUAGGUUAGGCAAUUGUCUCCAGUUAGUCAAGGCUUUUUGUAAAGUAAUUAUUUAAUCUGCUGUAAGCCAGCCCUGGAAUUAGGUACAUAUGCAGCGAGUGCAGAAGUAAGUCACAUCCCAACCAGAAGUACAAUCUGUCUGUAUGUGGAGUUUUGUUGUAGCCAUGUUGGUCUCAGGAUAUUAGAGAAUCAAAGUGGAUGAGGUAAUAUCUUUAAUUGAACUAACUUCUAUUGGUGAGAGAGACAAGCUUUUGAGUUUACACCGAGUUCUUCAUCAGCUCUGGGGAAUGUGCUCAGAACCACAGCUAAUAUAAGGUGGAACAGAUUGUUCAGCAUAAGUAGUUAACGCACAUUUCAAGGGAUCAUUCCAGGUGAAGUGGCCAGUUAAUAUCUCUCCAGUCAGAGGGGAGAAAGGAGAUAAAGGAUGUGAGGAAGGCUGGGAAGGGAGAUUAUAGAUUGUAAUAAACCAUAAAUCCAGCGUCUUUAUUCGGUCUGUGAUUUUUAAUGGCUAGCAAAGUUAUGAAUUUAGGCUCCCUGGCUCAUCUUUUGAAGGUGUGCAGGUUUCUUUUGAGGAUGAGCACUGAGAGGUCACAUGUACGGUGAUUGCUUUGUGAAAAGUGUUUUUAUAAACCACGCAGAAGAAACAAGAAGGCAGGUUACUAAUAUAGGUAUAAGGGAAAUUUCCAUCAACGUGAUCUCAGUUUUGUGGCAGACUGAUAUUUCUAAUGCUUUGGUUUAUUCUCUAGCUCCACCUGGUUUCAGGAACCCUACAUGCUGGGACUGGUACAAAGCAAUUUACAGGAACCAAAUUUUCAGGUAUAAAAUACCCAUUUUUUGAGUAGAUGCAGCCUUGAAUUCCACUUAGAGGUGUGUGUGCCCAGUGCACCAGAGCUGGAGGAGUUUGCUUAGCAGUACCUUUAAGAGGUAGUGCUUAUGCAUCAUGCUCAUAUACCCUCCUAUGUCUAUAUGAGGUGGUGCCACCUUGACCUCCCCUCAGUUUCUUACCCACUCAUGGCUGGAGUUGGAGCUCUCUGUAGUUCCUAACCUCACAAUCUCUAUUCCUUAGUGCUUUUUUUUGAACUGUAUAUAGUUCAUUAGUAGGUGGUAUUAGUUAAAUUUAGUCUAAGUAUUUCCCUGGUGAUGCCUCCACCAGGGUUUAAAUAUUGUCCGUGAUGUAGAGGAGUGAUCCCCAGUAACAAUCCCCACAUCAGGAGCAGUGUUGGAUUUGCAAAUUGUUCAUGAAAUGGAUUCAGGUAGUGAGGAAUCUUCCAUCUAAAGUAGCACUUUCUUGAACAGGCCAUGUUGUCUGCUUUUGGCACCUGCAUAGGACUGGAGGUCACCCUCAAGUUCUGGGAGUGCUGCUGUUUUGUGCUCUGGAUCCAGCACCUCUCCGAAGAGAUGGAGUCAUUCCCAGUUGCGUGUGUCAAGGAAAAAGUUUCAUAAGACCAACUGAGGCCACCCAGGUUGUGUGGGGACUUGUCUGCCUCCUCCAGAAGGAGUGUAGAAUGGAACAAUGUGAAUGCUGACACACAGGCUGGAGCAGGUCUUGUUAACCGCUGCCCCAGUACUGGGGGGAUGGGAGGGGGGCAAGACCUUGUUUUGUCAAUUCUGGUUAUGGCCCUGGGGUGUCCGUUGAGUCCAGUACCAAUGAGGGUGAUGCCAGCACUGACUAUUUCUGUGCCAGCAGUGUAUCAGGAGGCAAUGGACGUGCUUUUCUGUUCUGACCCCUCCAUGGGUCCAGGACUUUUCCAGGGCAGUGUCGUUUGUAGUGCCAUUGUCUCGAUGGACUGCUGAACCAGUGGGUCUGUCGGCACUGCACACCAGUGUUUCCCUUCCAGUCAGUGAAAGUGGCGCCAAUGCCAGGCCCAAGGGACCACGUUAGCACUGGGAACUUCCGCAGUACCCUGCUCUUUACGCUUCUGAUGUUACUGUGACAGCACUCACCUCUCUCCAUUUUGACAUCAACAGUCACAUCAGUACCACUGCUGAUUUCGGAGUCAACUGCUUCUGGCACCAAAAACAAUGGACAUGUUCUUGGUGCCGCCAGUACCGGUUCCACCAUCAGUGCCAAUUUUCUCCAUUCUAGGCUAUGGAUGAGGCAGAAGAGUUGCUCAUAGCCUCAAAGCUGGCUCCAUCUUCUGUCCUCUGAAGCAUGGGGCUCCUUGUGUCCAGGUUGGGAUCUUCCUCCUCCUGCUCUCUCAUCACCUGACUCACAUUGAGGGCUAUUCAUGGAGCUCUGUGAGUACCAGCAUUGGCAGUCAUCUAGCAUUCCAGGCAGGGGUCCCUGGCCCAGUGCCUAAUGGCCACUAAUGCCCUAUCCAUUCUAGUGAUUUCCGUGCAUCUAGGGGACGCUCUUUGGUCAUGGAAGUCCCACUCCUCAGCUUGCUCUUAGGCGAGAUCUCAGAGUAGGCCUGUGGCAGUGUCUGUCAAUUUACUGCAGGCCCAAGCACUGGUGGACUUUCCCUUGUAGAAUCUUCAGAGUCUUCCUGUCCAGAUCUGUCAGUCCUGGACCAGGAUCCAGCUCUGGCACAGUUACUGCUUUGUUUUCAUCCCUAGAAAAUUCUUCAAUGCCUGGCUCUUCCUCUCCUUCAGUACAGGAGGAUUUCAAGGCAUAUGAAGACGAUUUGCAGCAUGUGACUGUUUCCCUGAGUAUUCAAAUGGAGUUCCUGCAGGAGAAUACCCAUAUUUUGUUGAAUAUCCUACAGCUAUCUGUCCGAGAGAAUCAUCCUCCCUAUUAACAAUAUGCUCCUAGAGCCUGCUAAGGUUCUCUUGAGCACGCUGGCUUCAGUACCAUCUACUGUAAAGCAGUUGGAGAAACACUACUUGGUUCUGGUGCACCCAACCCCAGAUUCCUUGGUUGUAACAAUGAUGAACAAUAGAUCCCAGCAAUGAAAAUUUAAAUCUGCUCAUAAGUAUAAAGCCUCUAAACAGAUGAAACCUGCUCAGUUAGAUGAUGUACACCUCCUCUUCUUUUCAGCUGCAGAUUGUAAAUAACCAGGCAUUGCUAUCCAAAUACAACUUUGUGAACUGGACGGCGGUGUCUAACUUUGCAGACCAGCUGCCGAAAGCCUUGAGGGAGGAAUAUCAAGCGUUUAUUGCCAAUGGCUGCUUGGUGGCUAAUGUCAUUGCAGUCUGCGCUGGACAUCAUGUAUACUUCGGCCGGAAUGAAGGCCUCAGCAGUGACCAAGAGAAGGGCACCUUGGCUGCAGAAUUUGAGCAUUGCUCCUGAUGUGCAGCAAGAUAGAUAGGAUUUGCCCUUUUUUGUCAGAGUGCAUUUUUUAAACAAGAUAGAUGAGACUCUGCGUUGCUUCAGGAAUUCUAGGCUACCCUACAGUCCUUGGAUGUGUCCAUGCCAGGAGUGCAGAGGUGCCACUGUAAUGGUCAGCAGCAUUACGGUCUGCAGUGUACAUUUGAGCAGUCUUUCCCUCCCCCAAGAUAAUUGAACUAUCCCAGAAAGGUGCAUAGGUCACAGCUAAAGAGGCAUUUGGGUACAGGGUUUGGCCAGUUGACAUGCUUUCCCACCGGCACCCCCCAAGUGCUCAUUUUGAUUCUCUGAUCCAGAGCAGUGGUCUAGUCAUGGCUCCCUUUUCCCCAUCCCCUCAGUUUGGGGACAGGCUGGCUUGCUUUCACAGUGCUUGUGUCUCAACCACCCCAGACAGCUGGAUCCUAAAUACCAUCAGAUUGGGGUAUGCCAUCCAGUUCCUUUCCUUCCCUCCCUGUCCCUCUUCAGGGCCCCCUCUCAUGAGAUAGUUCUCCUCAAGCAGGUCUGUUCUGUACUGGCUUUGGUAGCAGUGGAGGAGCUUCUGCUGGAACACCAGGGUAAGGGCUUCUAUUUCUGGUAUUUUCUGGUGUCCAAAUCCAAAGGAGUAAGACCAAUUCUUGACCUUCCUGGCCUCAACAGAUGUAUCAGAUACAUCAGAUUUUGCAUGGUCACGCUAUUGAUUGUCCUCCCCACCUCAGAAUGACUGUUUUGCUGUUCUGGGCCUUCAGGACACCUACUUUCAUCCAGCCCUUACCAACUAGGUCUGUUGUCAUCAGUGCCUCCUUGAUGGGUUGGAGAGCACAUCUGGGGUUGCUGAAAGUUCAGGGUCAUGGUCAGAACAGGAGGCCUCACUGCAUGUCAACAUACUGGAGAUUCAGGGCAUCCACAAUGCCUGUCACAUUUCUCUGGACCAUAUUGGGCUCAGUGGUUCACAUACUUAUAAUCAAUAUCACCAUGAUAUAUUAUGAAUAGGGAGAGGGGAACAUACUACAGGGUGAUCUGCCAAGAGGCAAUCAGGUUGUGACAGUUCUAUGUUGAGGAGAGUAUCACUCUGAUAACUGAUUACUUGCUUGGGGUCUAGAAUCAUCUUAUGGACCAUCUCAGAAAGAGCUUUUUCCCGAGUCAUAAGUGGUCUCUGAAGCCAAGUGUCCUCUGGGUCAUCUUGGGGUAUUCCGAUGAUCGACCAGUUUGCUCCAAGGAACAGCAAGAAAUGUCAUCUGCUCUGCUCUUGGGGCGGGGGCCGUCUGUCACUUUCCACCUUAUUUGGCAGUUGACUGUCCUGUAUGCUUUCCCCCCCAAACCCUUUCGUCCCACAAAGUGUUAAGAUGGGAUGGAUCGGGCUGAGCUCCUUGUCGUUGCCCUGGCAUGAUUGAGGCAGUUGAGGCAUGGUUGAUGUCUAGCCUUUUGUCUGAGCAGGACUAAACUGUCGCAUGCUUUGCCUUGCCUGUUUGUGUCAUAUGCAGAUUGCAUGAAGGGCUCGGUCUCUUCUCAGAUCUCUAAAUGGAUAACAUUCUGUAUCAAGAUUACAUAUAAAAUUACUUUGGCAGCGCCUCAGCAGGUGCGAACUCAUUCUGUGAGAAUGCAAGAAAUGUUAAUAGCAUUCUUCAGUGGCAUCUCAAUGUUGGACAUGUGCAGGGCUGCUAUGUUGCCGUCUAUACAUACAGUAAUGGCAUAGUGGUUCAUAAUGUAUCUGCCAGAGCAGAUGCAAAUUUUGGUAGAAUGGUCUUGCAAUCCUCUGUUAGACUCUAAGCCCUGCUUCCUGGGGUGGGUACCACUUGUGCGUCACCUACUUGGAAUACAUGGUUGCAUCUACUCGAAAAAGAAGAAACAAUGGUUACUUACUGUUACUUUGAUUAUUUGAGUAGUGUCCCUAUGCGUGCUCCACUCUAGGUGUAUUUGCAUCCUAUGCUCCUCAGAUCAGAGGUUUUAGGUAGCAUUGUCCAUUUGGCCCUCGCAUGCGCUCUCCCCAUCUCGUGCCCUUCACCAGGGCUAUAUAACGCUUCAUGGAUGAAUCACUGUCAGGUCCUCAACAGCCUCAGCCUGAGACAGUGUUUGAGCAGCAGCCAAGUCGAAAUUACAUCAGCUGUAUUUUUUCUCUCGUUUGUGGUAGUGUUAGUUCCUAGAGUUUCCAUUAGUUGUUGGUAGUAAUCCCUUUCAUUUCUUUCUUUAGUUUAUAAACAAAAAUAUUCCAA